ACCUUGCGAUAUCAAGAGUGGUUAAAGCAGUUGUUCUUCCGGGAAGGUGAAGAAUGCGAGACUUAAGGGCUCGAGCAACGAGCAGUCUGCUGCGGUUUCCAGAGGUGACUAUUCAGGCACUUGGGGAAGAUGAGAUACGCCUGGAUUCUGUGCUGUGCGGGAAGUUUUCUGGAGGGAGAAAUGUCCUGGCCUGGCUGGCGUGUGGUCCUCAGCUUGAGGUAGUGAACUCUGUGACAGGAGAGCGGCUCUCUGCGUAUCGUUUUGGUGGAGUAAAUGAACAGCCCCCCACUGUUCGUGUGGUAAAGGAGUUUUCCUGGCAGAAGAGAACUGGACUGCUGGUUGGGUUGGAAGAAUCAGAGGGAAGUGUGCUCUGUCUGUACGACCUUGCGAUAUCAAGAGUGGUUAAAGCAGUUGUUCUUCCGGGAAGGGUAACAGCUAUAGAACCCAUAACUAAUGAUGGAGGAGCGAGCGUGAGCACUUGGCACCUGCAUCAGAGUCUGCGAUGGCUCUUUGGAGUGGCAGUGGUGGCUACAGACGUUGGCCAUCUGCUUCUGGUUGACCUUUGUCUGGAUGAUUUGUCUUGCAGUCAGAAUGAAAUAGAAGCAUCAGAUCUAGAAGUUGUCACCAGAAUUCCUCCUCAAGUUUUACGAAGAAGAGAAAUUGUGACCGGAGAAGGGAGACAUCUCUGUUUCGAAUUACAAAAUCCAUCAGGAACAGCAAUAUCAACGCUGUGCUACAUAAGCAGAAGCAAUCAGCUUGCUGUGGGUUUUUCUGAUGGCUACCUGUCGCUAUGGAAUAUGAAAAGUUUGAAGAGGGAGCACCACUCUCAGCUUGAAGGAGGAAGGAUUCCUGUCUAUGCUGUUACCUUUCAAGAGCCCGAGAAUGAUCCUCGCAAUUGUUGCUACUUGUGGGCUGUUCAGUCUACACAAGAAAGUGAAGGUGAUGUUGUGAGUUUACAUCUGUUGCAGUUAGCAUUUGGUGACAGAAAACGCUUGGCUUCAGGACAAGUCAUGUAUGAGGGUUUGGAACACUGUGAUGAAAGGUACAGUUUAGAGCUCACGGGUGGAGUGUUUCCCUUGAGAGGGCAGACCAGCAAUGCUAAAUUACUCAGCUGUCAGACCGUGGAAAAAUUUCACAACCACGUUGGCAGAGAGGACAGUGUUAAUGAAGUAAUAUCUUCUGACACUAGUGUAUCAAUCUUCAGCUGGCAAGUGAACAUCUAUGGUCAGGCAAAACCAUCUACCUAUUUGGGUGUAUUUGACAUUAAUCGCUGGUACCAUGCUCAAAUGCCAGAUUCACUAAGGCCAGAAGAAUUCCUUCACGAUUGCCCCUACUUUGCAUUGUGGUCACUGGAUUCUGUAAUAAGCAUAACUUCUCCAAACCUCAUUUUGGAUAUUCUGGUACAUGAGCGGAGUCUAAGUCGGGGAGUUUCUCCUUCUUGUCCACCACCAGAGCAGUUUUUUCAUCCAGGCAACUAUAAUUUUGAUGGUACGUGCUUGCUGAAGUCUGGAGUUGUUCAUAUGACUUGCACCGGCUUCCAGAAGGAGACCUUGAAUUUUUUGAAGAAAUCUGGCCCUUCAGUAAGUGAAGCCAUUCACGAUAGCUACAGUCGGUGUCUUGCAGCUGGCCUGCUGUCUCCAAGACUAGCGGAUGUCCAGCCCUCGAGUUUGAGUCAGGAGGAACAGUUACAAGCAGUAUUGUCAGCUGCUGUCCACACAGGUUCUUUAGAGCUUCUGACUGGAUGCAUUAAACAUUGGACAUCUGAAGAGCAGCCAAAUUCUGCUGCUAAUUUACGGUUUGUUCUUGAGUGGACGUGGAACAAAGUGAUCUAUGCAAAACACGAAUUUGACCAAAUAGGCAUUCCUCUGUUUGAUGGCUCUUGCAACUUCAUUGAUCCACAGACAUUACAGUCUCUUCAGCACUGCCAGUUGCUUCUGAGCAACCUUAGCACAAUCUUAAACUGUUUUCUAAGAGAAGCACAGGAGCUUACGGAAAAAGGUUACGCAGGCUUGAGAAAUAAGCAGGUGGUAACCAGCCUCAUUUCUUUGUAUGCACAAGUGGUCAUCUGGUUCUGUCGAUCCAGUCUCCUCCCAGAGGGUUUAUAUGAUGAUAUGCAUUUGUCUAGACCUUUCUACAACUAUCCUCUGAUUCAGAGAUACUAUACUGGCCAUCGACAGAAACUUGAGCGUUUAUCAGGAGGAAAAUGGGAUUCUGACUGCUUGAUGAUUGAUGGAAUGGUUUCCCAGUUAGGAGACCAAGUUGAGAAGCUGUGGCGGAGAGAUGAAGGAGGAACUGGGAAAUACCCACCCGCUAGUUUACAUGCCCUGCUGGAUCUCUAUUUGCUAGAAAGCAUUGAAGAAAGCUACAAACAUGCCAUUACAAUUUACUUGCUGCUAGAUAUCAUGCAUUCCUUUCCAAAUAAAACAGAGACUUCAAUUGACUCCUUCCCUACGGCCUUUGGUAUCCCUUGGGGUCUUGUGAAGCUUAUUCAAGGUUAUUGGCUUCUAGAUCACAACGAUUACGAAAAUUCCCUGGCCCUGCUCUUUCAUCCAGCUACAAUCAAAACUGUGUCAUGGCAACACAGGAGGAUUAUUCAAGCCCUCAUGAGCCAAGGAGAGCAUAGGCGAGCCCUCAGAUACUUACAGAUGAUGAAGCCAUCAAUGUCAAGCAGUAGCGAAGUGCGGCUUUUCCUCACCGUGUUGUUGUCCAAUAGGUGCAUGGUGGAGGCUUGGGGUCUGUUGCACCAACACACCACUAAGUUAAAUACGGAAGAGCUGUUAAAGCACAUGUAUGAGCUCUGCCAGGAGAUGGGACUAAUGGAAGACUUGCUGAAGCUGCCUUUCACAGACACUGAACAAGAGUGUCUGGAGAAGUUUCUACAGACCAAUGCUGGUGUUCAGAAUCAUGAAUUUCUUCUAGUCCACCGUCUGCAGCGUUCCAAUUAUAUCCCAGCACUGCAGUUGAAUCAGUCAAUGAAGGUUAAUCUUGUGGGUGAUCAUGAUCCUCGCUUGACAGAGAGAGCAGUUGCCAGAAAUUCUAUAUUAGACCACUAUGGCAAGAUCCUUCCUAGAGUUCAAAGGAAGCUGGCUGUAGAGAGGGCCAAGCCCCACCAUCUGCCUUCAUCAGUAUUAAGAGAAGUUGCAAGACCAAAGCCGUUAUCAACAGUAGCAAGACAAGCUAAUGCAGGAAAUGUGCAUACAAGAGCAACUUUCAUCAGUAAUGUAUUGUCCAAAAUUGGAGAAGUGUGGGUAGGAAAUGAGCAGAAAACCAGUUUCUCACAAUAUGAUAGCCCUAGAGCUACAGAACCACCAGCACAUCCUCUCCCUGCUGCAGAGCUGCCCGAUGCAUUUGUUGGGACACCAGUUACAAAAUUCUCACAGAAACGUUCCAGAUUGCUGGACUUGGUGGUUCGUCCUGUUCCUUCAUGUUCUGCAGCGCAGGGUGGUGGCUGGCAGUCACCAUGCAGAGAUUCUACUCCAUUCAUGGCAUCCAGCCCACUGAAUUCAAAUCCGCAUGGUUCCGUCUCACAGAAGAAGUUUUUGAGAGCAUCGGAGCUGAAUUUGCUAGAGACUCCUCUGGUGGUUAAGAGAGCUAAAGAUUUGGCCAUGUCUGCUUCUGGCUUUCCUGGGUUUACUCCUCAAUCUAUCCUCAGAUCCAGCCUUCGCACCACACCCCUAGCAACUCCCUCUGCAUCUCCAGGACGAUCAGUUACUCCUCCUCUGCGAGCAAAGGAACCUAGAAUAUCCUUCAGGGAAGAGGGCUCGAGUGCACAAUGGGCUGUUGGGGUAAGCUGGGCUGUAGUUAGUGAUUUUUACAGUUAAAGGCUUUCUAGACUGUGAUUUGCUUUAGCUCUUCUUGAAGUUUGCUAAAACUCCUUAGAUUGAGAAUUGGAAUUGCAAAUCAGAGCAGCAGACUUGAAUUUGGUCCAGGAAGGUUACGUUAGACCAUCUCUAGCAUCACGUGCCUGCAGGAACAUGAUUCGUAGCAAAUGUCAUGGACCUUGGUGGUUUUUACUCCAGAGCUCUUAGGAGCUGUGAUUGUUCCAGUUUCCCACUGUACCUUUUCAAAUGGUGGUACAGCAGGAAGGUGAGGAACAGAUCGAGCCAGUUCUUUGGGUUUGUCGAGCUUUGGGAAUUAAACAUCUUGGAAAGCAGCAGAAGUCAUGAGCUGCAUAUACUUUCAGUCUUUCUUUUUGCCAGGCUGAGUU